UUGUUCUUUUGGCGAAUCAGUUUACAUGCGCCAAAUCAGAGUCUCCGAGAGAUAAUUGUACCAAGUGCUAAGGCUUAUCCGCUGGAAGCAAUUAUGAAGGAUUGUCGUGAUUACUUCCAGGAAACAAAUAGACGAGUCUCCUUCGAAUAUGCCCUUCUAGCUGGUGUCAAUGACAAAGUUGAGCAUGCGGUGGAACUCGCAGAGCUACUCCGUGAAUGGGGUAAAACUUAUCACGUAAACUUGAUACCUUACAACCCGAUAGAAGGAUCAGAGUACAAGCGACCUUACAAGAAAGCGGUCCUAGCGUUUGCAGCUGCAUUGGAGUCACGUAAGAUAACUGCCAGCGUCAGGCAAACAAGAGGAUAUUAACACUUUAAGAUUGUAAAAGUGAUUUCUCAUUAACCGUAGAAAUGUACACUUACAAGAGUAUAUAUACAGGUAUUAGUACUACGUAA